AUGAGAAGCGCAGGUAAUACUUUUCGCCCAGGUUUUGACGAAGCAGCUUCUCCAAAUACCCGAACCUUAAAUACUCAAGGCUCUGUGACCUCUCUAGUUGGCGCCCAGUCUACAUCUGGUUCAGCUUCUUUAAAAGGAAAGCUUUUAAGCCUAGAAGAAAUGAUCCGAUCAAUAACUGAAGAAAUGAAUUUUCACAAAAAAGAAGUCCAAAUCCUUCGCUCAGAGAAAGAUACCUUGGAAAAUGUUUUAAACAUGAAAAUUAAUGAUGUUAGAAAAAGCUUGAUGAGCGAAAUUAACCGUGUUGAAGAAGAAAUGAAAAGACACUUUUCACAUCAAAAAGCUGAAAAUAGUAGGCUACAGCAACAAAUUACUCAGCUUAAAGGUGAAAAAACAGCUUUACAACAGCAGCUUUUGGCACUCCAAAGAAGAAUAAGUGAACUAGAAAGCCAAGUUGGAAAUGAGCCAUAG